AUGGCCUCUUCAAACGAAAUCCCCAACCUACGAACACUUCUCGGACAAGGCCGUGGCGGAUCAUCACGAGGUAGAGGACGUGGAAGAGGCGGUCUUGGUACUUCUGGCGAGGGACGGGCACAACUUCUCGACAAUGCCGUCAAGGCUACGGAUCAAGAUGCGGCGGGGAGCAGGGUGAGCUGUGUAGAGCUUGGUUAUCUUCACGACCCGUAUGCGAAGCUGUUCGCGAUACAGCAGACGACAAGGAAACUGCCGUUGCUCAACCGGGGCACUUAUGUUCGCACCUCGGCCAUCGACCUCUUAGUCGCCAAGUUCCUCACUACCCACCCGUCGUCGGCGAAGCAGAUUGUCUCCCUCGGUGCUGGCACUGACACGCGAUUCUUCCGCCUUCUCGACCUAUACCCGCAGACGCGCCUCGUAUACCAUGAGAUCGACUUUCCUACCAACACACAGGCCAAGAUAGCCGCCAUACAGAGGCAACCGCUACUGCAUCGGAAGCUCUUACACAUGCCGUCAACUUUGGACUCGUACUAUUCGGAUGCGUACAACAUUCAUGCGCUUGAUUUACGGUCUCUCGCAAGUUCGUCAGAAGAGGCGCCCCUACCUCAGAUACCAAAUCUGGACCCGAGCAUACCUACAUUGAUUCUGUCCGAGAUGUGCCUGGUUUACCUGCAGCCUUCGACAGUAAAAUCGAUAGUGUCAUCAUUAUUGACACAUUACCUACUCCCUGCAACGCCCGCCUCUCUCAUACUCUACGAGCCUAUCCUACCCCAAGAUGGCUUUGGUCGGACCAUGAUCUCGAACCUCCAAAGCCGAAACAUCCACCUACACACAUUGACGGCGUAUCCCGAGUUGGGGGACCAACGCGCACGCUUGCAGGGCUAUGGCUUAACAGACGGAGCCAAGGUCGCAGAUACAAACACUAUCUGGCGAAGAUGGAUUAGCGAUGAGGAGAAGGAGCGCAUCGCUAGUUUGGAAUUCCUAGAUGAGCUGGAGGAACUGGAAAUGUUACUCCGGCAUUACUGCGUCGCAUGGGGCUGGAGAGACGGCGAAAGCGAUGUCUUUUCGAAGGCUUGGGCAGAUGUAAGGGAGUAG